CGAGAAGAAACCUUUCGAAUGUGAUUUGGGACGACAGUUCCACAAAUAGACUAAUUGUGAAUCACGAGGUUGUACAAAUAGACUAAUUAUUGAUUGUGAGCUUGCAGUAAAGCACUUGAAUGAAAACUAUGGAUCACGAAGUUGUACAAAGAGACUAACUAUAUGAAUCGUGGGCUUGUGUGAUUAAUGAUCCAAAAUAGAUUAUGAUGAGCUUGUACAAAAGACACGUUUAAAAUAUACUAGACAUGUGAUAGAAGAACCGUGUAAAAAUAGUUGCAAGGAUUAGAAUGAAAUCACACUAAAGUCGUCAAUAAUAUGCAAUUCAAUCGAUAUAACUAACGAAUAUAUUAAAUAUUGUAGUGAUUUAUAUUUACUUGGUAUUGGUGAGUAUUGAAGUAUUGAAUGGUAUUAAGAACUGAGAUCUAUAAAUACCAAAACAUCAGGAAAUAUAAAAAAAAAUAUACAAUUAAUUAAAUAGUAUUCACAACCUAUGGCCAUUCCUUCAUUUAUAAGACUAACUCCAACCCAAGGAUGCAAAUUAGGAGAAAGGAAUGUUUUUCCGCUUUUUCCUCUCCAACCCACCUAAAAAUUGGCUUGCGAAUUUGGAGAAGUGGGCUUGGUAGUGGAGUGGAGCAAAAAGUGUUGGGAAGACAAAUUUACUUUCUUAAUUUUUGAUUGGCUGAUAUUGAGUUGGGAAGGCAAAUUUAGAAGGUUUAGGGUUGGAGCAAAAAAGUGUGUUUGGGAGGUAAAAAUGUACAUUCGAGAGCUUGAGAGGCUAAAUAUAAUGAAUCGCUAUUUGCCGCCCGUCUAUUUACUAUUUGCCGCCCGUAUAUUUAUGAAAAAUGUCUAUUUUACCAUUCAACACUUAAAAAUCCUAACUAAAACUGCCCAUCCCGCCGACGAAAUUGUUGGCCGGAUUUUGUGUCGCCGACCGCUAUUGAAAAACAAACUCACCGCCUCACCUUCCUUUUUCUUCCCUCAAAUUCCGCCAAUAAUUCGCCAACAAUUCGGGCGACGAUUUGCUUCCUUUUUCUUUUUAAUCUAAUGGCUACUAAAUUAAUUAGCAUGGUGCUAAACUCCUUAAUGGUAAGCGAACUAGCACCCGGCUCUCCUUCCUUACAUAUGCUGCCAUUGUAUUAUUUCCCCUCUCUUUAUCCACAAAGAAAAGAAAUUUAAUGUCCACUUAAUUGCUUUCAAAUUUCCAAAUGGAUGGACAUUAUAUAAUCUUAAUCUCCACGACUAAGUAUACACACCAACUUCAAAUCUUCACAAAAUCACCCCAAAAAAAAUAAAAAAAAAUGGGAACCAAUACUCCCAACAACGAGAAGCCGCCGACGGCGGCGGCGGCGAAAAGCUACGCCCCACUGUUCGACACAAACAGAAGAAGCACCAAAUCACAGCUCCUCAACAAGCUCUUCGCCGCCACCGUCCUCCUCGGGAUCUGCUCCAUCUGGUUCUACCGGUUCACCCACCCGGCCCCAACCACCCACCGCUGGGUCUGGGUGGGAGCUUUAUUUGCGGAGAUCUGGUUCGGCCUAUACUGGGUCCUCACCCAGGCCGGCCGAUGGGACCCGGUCUUCCGGUCCACCCACAAGGACCGGCUCGCCGAUGCCCACCCGGACAAAACCCUCCCGGGUGUCGACGUCUUCGUGUGCACCGCCGACCACACGAUCGAGCCCCCGAUCCUGGUCGUCAACACCGUGCUCUCCCUCGUGGCGUACGACUACCCGCCCGACAAGCUCGCCGUCUACCUGUCCGACGACGGUGCGUCGGAGUUCACGCUCUACGCGAUGCUGGAGGCGGCGCGGUUCGCCCGGUGCUGGGUCCCUUUCUGCGGGAGGUUCGACGUGAAGCCGAGGUCGCCGGAGGCGUAUUUUGCGGCGGCGGCGGCGGGGGAAAAGUCAAAAGGUGGCGGUGGUGGUGGGUGGGAGGAGGAGUUGGUCGCCGUCAAGAAACAAUACGAAGAAAUGAAGGAUCGAAUAGAAAGCGCAACCCAGUUGGGUCGAAUACCUGAAGAUGCACUUUUACAACACAAGGAAGCAUUCUCCCAUUGGGAUGGUAACAACAAAUAUUCAUGGCGACGUGACCAUCCCACCAUUCUCCAUAUUUUGAUCGACGGCAGAGACCCACCACCUGCCGACGGCGUGAACGGCAGCUCCUCCCUGCACCUCCCCACUCUCGUCUACCUGGCCCGGGAAAAGAGACCCCAGCACCACCACAACUUCAAAGCAGGCGCCAUGAACGCACUGAUAAGAGUGUCGUCGAAGAUCAGCAACGCGCCGAUCCUGCUGAACUUGGACUGCGACAUGUACUCCAACGACCCUUCCACGCUGCGGGACGCCCUCUGCUUCUUCAUGGACGACCGCAAGAAUCACGACGUGGCAUUUCUGCAGCUCCCACAGAUGUUCGACAACGUUACCAAGAACGACAUCUACGGUUCUUCCUUGCUUGUCAUCUCUCGAGUGGAAUUCCCUGGUCUGGAUAGUUUCGGAGGUCCAAUGUAUAUAGGAUCCGGCUGCUUCCACAGGAGAGACGUUCUCUGCGGCCGAGACUUUGAUCCCAGUGGAUCCAAACUUGAUUGGACCAACUAUGGCAGAGAUCAUGAACAUACUGUGGAACAAUUGGAACGAGAAGCCAAGCCUUUGGCAGACAUUGCUUCCGAUCAUAACACUUUAUGGGGAACUGAGAUGGGUCUGAAAUAUGGGUGUCCAGUGGAAGACGUGAUAACGGGGCUGUCGAUCCAAUGCAAAGGAUGGAAGUCGAUGUAUUUCGACCCCAAGAGGGAAGCAUUCUUGGGGAAGGCGCCGACCACAUGGCCGCAGACAUUGGUACAACAUAAGAGGUGGUCGGAAGGCGAUUUCCAGAUCCUGCUGUCAAGGUUCAGCCCUGCUUGGUACGCAAGUGGCAGGAUCAGCAUUGGCCUCCAGAUGAUGUAUCUUUGCUACUGUUUAUGGGCUCCCAACUGCCUGGCUGUGCUCUACUACUCCAUCAUCCCUUCACUCUGUCUCCUCAAAGGCAUCCCAUUGUUCCCUCAGAUUUCAAGCCCAUGGGUCUUGCCAUUCGCAUACGCGGUGGCGGCCAAGUACUUGUACAGCCUGGCCGAGUUCCUCUACUCUGGAGGCACCAUCCUUGGAUGGUGGAACGAGCAGAGGACGUGGCUGUACAAGAGAACGUGCUCCUACCUCUUCGCUUUCGUGGACACCAUCCUGAAGACGAUGGGGCUCGGAGAGUCGGGGUUCGUGAUCACGGCCAAGGUGGCCGACGAGGACGUGGCGAGGCGAUAUGACAAGGAGAUCAUGGAGUUUGGAGUGUCUUCCCCCAUGUUCAACAUCUUGGCCACCAUUGCAAUGCUCAACUUGUUUUCCCUCUUUGGUGUGGUGGUGAGGUGUUUGGUGGCUAAAGAUGGUGUGGGAGUCAGAGUGGUGUUUGAUGAGAUGGGGUUGCAGUUGUUGCUUUGUGGAGCUUUGGUUCUUAUCAAUUGGCCUCUUUACCAGGCGGUUUUCUUCAGGAAGGAUAAAGGCAGGAUGCCUGGUUCUGUUUCAGCUACUGCUUUGGUCUCUGCCCUUGUUGUUUGUACUAGCUUUGUUUUCUUGUAUUGAGAAUCUAGGGGAUGAGCUAGGUUUUCAUAUUUUUGUUGUUAGAAUAAGGUUUCCUUAACAAUAUUGUUGUCUCUUUAGGGAUUUGCUUCUUUCACCAAUGGGAUUGGUUUUCCUCAAGGUUCUUUCACUCUUGAAAAUAUUUUUUUUUUUGGAUUAUAGAUAUCUUUUUCUGACAACGUGAUAUGUACUAAUGAUUAACUCAUGAUUUUGUUUUGUGGUGAUGCUCAAUCGAUUAUUUUUCAUGUGCUAUUCAGAAAUGCGAAUCAUGCGAUGAUGAAAACUUUCGUAAAUCUGUCAGUUUCAUGUCAGUUUGUUUGUGGAAGUUGUACGAUGAAAAAAACUCUAGAAUAGAACUGUACACAUAUCUAUUUAUUUAUUCAUGGAAUAUCUAUAAAAAUACAAAUUUACA